UACAAAACAGGUUUCACUCGUUUCGUAAUAUGCAAUAAAGAUAAUGAUAAAUUAAAUCUGCUUUAACAAUCGUUCCCGAACUCGUAAACAAUCUCAUUUGGUAAGUGAAGGCCGGGUUUUAAACAUGAAUUCUUUGGCAAAGCAGGUUUUCAAAUGUGCCAACCGAUUGGGCGCGAGAGGCAUUUUCGUUACGGCCAAAAACUCCGAGGAAGCGGAACUCAACAGGCCGCCCCUAACUUUUUUUGCCGAGGACGAGGAGGCUAUGAGAGAUAGCGUGGCGAAACUGGCCAAAGACCAAAUAGCGCCUUUCGUCCGACAGAUGGAGAACGAAAAAAAAAUUGCGGAGCCCGUAUUGAAGUCGCUUUUUGAAAACGGGUUGAUGGGCGUCCAAAUAGAUACCGAAUACAACGGGGCGGGUUGCAAUUUCACCACUCUCAUGCUCGCUGUGGAAGAGCUCUCCAAAGUGGACCCCUCGGUGGCCGCCUUGGUCGAUAUCCACAAUACUCUAGUCAACUCUGUGAUGAUCAAACUGGGCACCAAAGAACAAAAGGAAAAAUACUUGCCGAGACUUGCCACCGACAUGGUGGCGAGUUUUUGUCUAACCGAGCCUUCGGCGGGAUCCGACGCGUUUGGCCUGAAAACUACCGCUAAAAAAGACGGAUCAGACUUUAUUAUCAACGGAUCCAAAAUGUGGAUCUCCAAUUCGGACCUGGCCGGUGUUUUUUUGGUCAUGGCGAAUGCGGACACUUCUAAAGGCUACAAGGGCAUAACGUGUUUCAUUGUGGACAGAAAUACGCCCGGCCUGACCGUGAACAAACCGGAAGACAAGUUGGGUAUAGUUGCCUCUGGUACGUGUAUGAUCACCUUCGAGGACGUCCGCGUGCCGGAAAGUUCGAUUCUGGGCAAAUACGGCGAAGGGUACAAAAUUGCUGCGGGAUUUUUGAACGAGGGUCGCGUGGGAAUAGCAGCGCAGAUGAUCGGCCUCGCCCAGGGCUGUUUCGACGCCACGAUUCCCUACACACUCGAGAGAAAGCAGUUUGGGAAACCGAUUUACAGUUUUCAGGGAAUGCAACACCAAAUAGCCCAAGUAGCGACGCAAAUAGAAGCCGCCCGUCUCCUAACCUACAACGCUGCUCGGUUAGUAGAAGCGGACGUUCCUUUCGUGAAACAGGCAGCCAUGGCCAAGUACUUUGCGAGCGAAGUCGCUCAGUUAACGACCAUAAAAUGCAUCGACUGGAUGGGCGGAGUGGGUUUUACCAAAGAUUUUAUACAGGAGAAAUUCUACAGGGACUGCAAAAUCGGCAGCAUCUAUGAGGGCACUUCCAAUAUGCAGCUCAACACGAUUGCGAAAUAUUUGGAAAAGGAAUACCAGGCCUAGUGGGGGGAGGUCUCUUUUAAAUAAAUUACGAUAUUGGAGAGUUUAUAUAUUUUUAAGUAUUAUUAAGGAUAAAUCGAUACUUUGACUGGCCAUACCCAUAAUUUUGAAAAAUAAAGAUGACUACUAAAAUCA